AUGUCUUUCUCCAACGCAGACACCGGAAACAAGACGGCCGAUCCCUACAAGGCCGCCAACCUUGACAAUGACGUCUCCGUCAAGGAGAAGGUCGAGACCUUUGUCAAGUUCGCCGAGAAGUCCAAGUUUGGAAUGAUGACCACCAGAGACGCCAAGUCGGGCGCGCUCGUCUCCCGCGCAAUGGCUCUCGCUGCCACGGAAAACGGCGGUAUCGAUUUGCUCUUCCACACCAACACCGAGUCUCACAAGACGGACGAGAUCGACAGCGACCCCCACAUCAACAUCGCCUUUAUCAACAGUUCCGGCGACUGGGCCUCCGUCUCAGGCGUCUCCAGCGUUGUUACCGACCGCUCGUUGGUCAAGAAGCAUUACACCCCCACCCUGAAGGCCUGGCUCGGCGAUCUUGGUGACGGUACCCACGAUGGCUCCGAGAACGAUCCUCGCAUUGGCGUCAUCCGCGUCAAGACUACCAGCAUCACCUACGCCGUUAGCAACGCCACCAUUGUCGGCAAGGUUGUCCAGUUGGCAGAGGGUGUUGUUACGGGGAACGCGGCCCAGGUCAACAAGCUGAGGGAGGUGUCGUCUCAGGAGGUGGAGCAGUAUCGCUCCGCGGCUUCUUCUUCUUGA